AGAACAGGGGAAAACUUGAGAGAAUGGCUCUCAGACUCGCCGUCAGCUCUGCUUUGCGUCCGGCUCUCAAUAGCCAGGUUCGCAAUGCUUCAUCAGCUGUCUCCGUGAAGGACGUGCUUGCCAGCGCUCCACAAGCUGAAGUUACCACCUUGAAGAAUGGCUUCCGUGUUGUCACCGAAGAUAAUGGAUCCGCCACCGCUACCGUGGGAGUCUGGAUCGAGACCGGAUCUCGUUUUGAGAACGAGAAGAACAACGGUGUCGCACAUUUCCUCGAGCGAUUGAUCCACAAGGGAACUGGAAAGAGAGCAUCUGCUGCUCUCGAAUCCGAGCUUAAUGCUAUCGGAGCAAAACUCAACUCGUUCACUGAGCGUGACCAAACCGCAGUUUUUGUCCAAGCUGGAGCUCAAGAUGUUGAGAAAGUUGUCGAUAUCCUCGCCGAUGUUCUCCGCAACAGCAAGCUUGAGGCCUCAACCAUCGAUACCGAAAGAGUUAAUCUUCUCAAAGAGCUCGAAGCUUCCGAUGACUAUCAUCAGCUUGUCCUCUUCGAUAUGCUCCACGCUGCCGGAUUCCAAGGCACCCCACUCGCUCUCAGCGUUCUCGGAACCAGUGAGAGCAUUCCAAAUAUCUCUGCUCAACAAUUGAAGGAGUGGCAAGAGGAUCAUUACAGACCAGUGCGCAUGGUUCUGUCCGCUGUCGGAGGAGGAGUUUCCAAUGUUUCAAGCCUCGCCGAUAAAUAUUUCGGAGACUUGAGCAACGAAUACCCACGAAAGGUUCCACAGGUCGAUGGAACACGAUUCACCGGAUCUGAAUACAGAUACCGCAACGAUAAUGUCCCACACAUGUAUGCUGCUUUCGCUGUUGAGGGUGUUGGAUAUGCCCACAAAGAUGCUCUCGCUCUUCAAAUUGCCAAUCAAUUCAUUGGCCAAUGGGAUGUGACCCACGCUACAUCCAGAACAGCUGCUUCCAGACUUGUCCAAAAAAUCGGACACGACCACGGAGUCCAUAACCUCCAGCAUUUCAACAUCAACUACAAAGACACUGGAUUGUUCGGAAUCUACUUUGUUGCUGAUGCUCACGACUUGAACGACACCAGCGGAAUCAUGAAGUCUGUUGCUCACGAAUGGAAGCAUUUGGCCUCUGCUGCCACAGAAGAAGAAGUCGCCAUGGCCAAGAACCAAUUCAGAACCAACUUGUACCAGAACCUCGAGACCAACACACAAAAGGCUGGAUUUAACGCUAAGGAGCUUCUUUACACCGGAAAUCUCAGACAGUUGUCAGAACUUGAAGCUCAAAUUCAAAAGGUUGACGCUGGAGCUGUCCGCGAGGCUAUUUCAAGACAUGUGUACGAUCGUGAUCUUGCUGCUGUCGGAGUUGGUCGCACAGAAGCCUUCCCCAACUACGCCCUUACUCGCGCUGGUAUGUCGUGGUGGAGAAUGUAAGCAGUGAACGAUGACGUCUUCCUCAUCUCGGAUUCCCUAUGUACUUUUCGCUGUUCGUUCACCGUCUCUCUCUCUCUCUAUCUGUUGUCAGAUACACUUUUUUAGAAAACUUUUUGCUGUUCAUUUAUUUUCUUUUUCCAAAAAUUAAUUUUAAUUUAGAGUAGCGUUAUUUGUUUGUACGGUUCGGAGUAAAAUGAAUGAAUUGACGAAUUGUGCCAGAAAAUGUAUAUCUGCUCGAUUAUUUUCUGCAGAAUUAUAAUAUCUGAAUGA